AUGUCACUCUCCAACGGCGUUGCAGCAUCCAAGUGUCCUGCUGCUGCGCCCUCGCUAUCGGUGGAUCCGCGGCCAUAUUUUCUCCCACCUUUUAGCAUCUCCUCCGGUGCAAGCGGACGUUUGCAAAACGCUCAGCCAAUACAAGCCUCUUGCGAGGGAUCCUGGUUAUGGUUUGCAUGCACCUGUGGUCGGCAUUCGCGCUCAGUGUCAUCUCGUGCUCUCCGGGAGGGCAUGGCGUAUGCUGAAAGAGAAUCUUUCACAGGGUUGAUCAUCGAUACAGCCUUUGCCCGUGGGCAAUCUCCUAGCGGGGCGCGCGAACAUGGAGGAGACCAGAGAUCAAAUGCAGGAGUCGGGGGAAGGGGCAGUUCAAAGGCUCCCCGCCAUCUCGGGCCAGAUGUUCGAAAUGAUGAUGGAGACAGCAGUAUAUUAAAUGAGUUGCAUACAGAAACGCCUCCAAUCUCUGUUCCUCGACCUGAUGAUCACCAAUUUCCCCAGGACGGGGCGGACCUUACCUAUUCGCACAAACCCGAAGAUUCCUUUUCAUCCCCCCUUGGAGACUUCCUCCGGGAGCGCCGCCCGUCUAUCAGUUUCCACCCAGAGGUAAAACUUGAUACUGGCCACCACCACGCGCUCAACGAGCCGCUGGCACGGGGUGAUACGAGGGGCACAGCGUACAAUAGACCUCAACUGCGACCAUCUGCAUUGCGCAAGAUUCACGCUCAACAAGAUGAAGCGUUCGACUCUUAUGGACGAGUCCCCCGUCCCACUUCGGCAAGAAGGCGGAUUCAGCGACCGUUCCCUACAGGCAACGGGUUUGUCCCAGAAGCAGAGGAGGAUUUUUUGGUGGGAUCUGAGCUCGACCAUCCGACUUCGCUCACGUCGAUCUCCACCGUGUCUCCAACUACCGAGGAACUUCGAACUCCUUCUGAAGGGCCCCGGGAAGGCUCCAGGGACAUGCUCCUUUCUCCUCUGUCUAUGUCACCUACUGCGCAGCGAGCCGCCUCUCUCGACGAUCCCAAUCUAUGGUCUAUGGGUGCUGGAGCGUCACCCUGGAAUAAGCCACGGAGUUAUACGUUUGACAGACAUGGGAGUCUACGACAGACUGUGCGUCAAGGCUCCCGUCGAUCGACCGGGUCGAGCGGCAAAUCUCCUGCAAGCAUGUUUCUGUCAAUGUGGAGUAGUCGUGACGAAGCUCCUCCUGCUCCUCAACCGGAUGAUGAAGGGCAAAUGGUGGGGACAGAGUAUGUGUUGGGCAAGCAAAUCGGAUACGGAGGGUUUAGCACUGUCAAGGAAGCCUUCAAGGUCGAGGAGACUGGCAGAACCAGACGCCUCGCAGUCAAGAUCGUGAAAAAGCACGUGAGCGGGAAAAGUGAGAGGGAGAAUGAUCAGGUUCAGGCUGAGUUUGAUCACGAAGUUCGCAUUUGGCGCUAUCUUAACCACCCACAUGUCCUCUCCUUGGAGGCUGUUUACGAGACGGACUAUGCGACCUUCUGUUUCACCAAGUUAGCUAUCGGUGGCACGCUCUUUGAUUUGAUUCGUGCCAAUCGCAGCGGCUUGGAGAUGAAGCUUGCUAAGAAGUAUGCCUACCAGUUGGCCUCAGCCAUCCGGUAUCUGCAUGAGGAUGCCCGGAUCGUCCACCGAGAUAUCAAACUCGAGAAUUGUCUGUUGGACCCUGUGAAGUUGGAGGACGGAACGGAGACGGCGAAUCUUGUUCUUUGCGAUUUUGGAAUGGCGGAAUGGAUGAGCACGGACAAUGGAGGCGGUCCACUGGACCCUUACGACAACCCGGCAGACCGCCCUCCGCCAAAGAACAUAGGCCCGUCUGGUUCCAGCACCAGUGUGGCAGGGAGCCUGGAAUACGCUUCACCAGAACUUCUACUCUCAUCUACUGGUAUUAUCGACCCGGCAGUCGACAUCUGGGCUUUCGGUGUUGUCGCAUUUGCGGUUGUGGUCGGCUCUCGGCCAUUCCAGCACGGCUUCGCGCCGCGGAUCCAAGCGAACAUCAUCAAAGGUGAAUGGGACCAAUACGCCGUGCUCGCAGGUGGCACUGAUACUCAAGCCCGGCAAGAGGCUCUCGAGUUGAUCAAGGGCUGCCUUGAGAUGGAUAUGAAUGCGCGGUGGACCAUCCGACAAGUUCUGGAUUCUGCGUGGUUGCAGGAAUGCUCUCAGAGCGCGGAAGAGGCGCCAGAGUCGACAUGGAGGCUCUAG